GAUUUGAUUGAUGCGCGUUGACUAUCCUUGACCUUGACAGGGAUCGAUGAUCUGUUCGAUAUUCAGUGACAUUUCACCCACCCUACAACAGCUUGGAAUCUCAUAACGUAUUUCAAGUUAAGCGUAUUAGUAGUGAUGAUUUCACUCAUGUUUUUCUUCAUGUAACGGCCUCGAAAAAGACCAAACUUUUGUCUGAAGGUCAAAGGGUAUCGGGCGUGCAUUUUUUUGCGAUGGGUUGACGAUUAUAUUGUCAACACAAAAACAUCAUGGAAUGUUUUUCUGUCCGAAACAUUGGUUGAUCUUGUAUUUCGCUAAAAAAUGUUCAUUAUGAGACCAGAUCUAAAUGUGUCCGGAUGCAAACUAAUAAUGUCACUGAGCUACAAUAAAGCACUCGUGAAAAAAUUUGUUGCUACACUUCAUGUUACGCGUUUUCCUCCAUAGUGUUGUCACAAAUGAGACGAAUACAACUUAGGCAUAAGUACGUGUACCUGAGUAUACAUACUCAGGUAAUGCGACGCGACUAAAGAACAUAGACGAGCCAAUCAGAAACUUUCGCGGGUUUUCAAGGUUACGGCGCUAAUUUCGGUACCCGACGCUUACGUACGGUCGGUUUACAAUGGAUUUUAGAGAAAACAUGAUAAUUAAGUGUCUACAAGAUAAGUUAUCAUAAGAUUGUGGCGCAAAAUUCAAUUAUACUUUUGAAUAGAGUUGUGGCACUAUAGCUGAUAUCAUGACAUCACGAACUGCAGUUCGUGAUGAAAACCCUAAUUUUGAUUCCUAACCUUAACCAUGAACUGUGAAUCAUAAUUUGAAUUAUUCACACGGGUUUAUAACCCUCAUUUAGUCUUAGUUAUUACGUUGACACUCUGAGAUUCACUCUAGCAUCGCUCAAAUGUCGUCCGUAAUUUAUAGUCUCAUCUUUAACCCUAAACCGUAACCCUAAACCCUAACGCUAAUACUAAACCCUAAACCAAACCAACAUGCCGACAACACUGAAACUAUGUAGUCGAGGCUGAAAGAAUUUUCGGGACUUUAUCAUGGUUCCAGAGGUCGAGUACUAUGGAGCCACAGGAAUGAGUUCCUGUGCCGGAUGCACUAUGACUUUAGAACUUCUGAACCUAUAUCUGACCCAGAUAAGUUUUUGAUUCAUGUAAAAAGACAGUAUCCCCUUUAAUUUUUGAGUUUUCUAGAAUAUAUUUUUACUGUAUGAUAACUGUCUUCUGAUUGGCUAAUAUUUCUCAAGGUCAUUUAGGAUUCGUUCAAAGGUCGUCCAUGUUCUUUAGUCUCGCCGAGCUAUCAUUCUUUUGGUACAUCGUACAUAUAGGCAGGGAAAAUUCAAUAUGUAAAUAACCUGAACGUGGAUGUGAAGUGUAGUAUUUGAAAGUGCCAUUUUGUGAUCAUAAAUUUGCGUAUUUUUGAGCUCGUUCAACACAUUUUCUUAACAUAGGCGUAUUUUUGUCAGAUGAAUUAUGACUAUCUCAGCUCACCACAAAAGAAAGGAAGAUUCAACAUCGCCAUGGUAUCAGAUUUUUGUUACCCGAAUGUUGGCGGUGUAGAAAGUCAUAUUUUUGCUUUAUCUCAGUGCCUUAUUCGACGUGGUCAUCGAGUUAUUAUAAUCACUCACUCUUAUAGUUCUAAAGGUGGUCAACGUCAAGGUGUAAGAUAUUUGCCUCGUGGACUUAAAGUGUAUUAUAUUCCAAUACAACCGUUUUAUAAACAAUCAAUUUUCAUCACAGUUCUUGGCACAUUACCAAUAAUUCGUGAAAUAGUAAUACGUGAACAGAUUGAUAUUAUACAUGGACAUUCAAUAUUUUCGCCUUUAGCCUGUGAAGCUGCAGUUCACGCACAGAGCCUUGGCUGUCGAACUGUUCAUACAGAGCACUCACUUUUCGGUUUUUCAGAUUUGUCAGCAAUAAUUAUGAAUAAAGUAAUGGAAGGUGUAUUUACAGCUGUAGAUCAAGUAAUCUGUGUUUCACAUACUACAAAAGAAAAUGUAGUUCUUCGAGCUAAAUAUGAUCCUGAUCGAGUUUUUGUAAUUCCUAAUGCAGUGGAUGCCUCUGCGUUUCUUCCUGAUCCGUCUUGUCGUGACCCUAAUUACAUUACUAUUGUUGUGGUUUCUCGUUUAGUUUACCGAAAAGGUCUUGAUUUAUUGGUUGCCAUCAUACCGUCAUUAUGUUCUCUGUUUCCAGAAUUAAGAUUUCUUAUAGGUGGUGAUGGACCUAAAAGACUUGAACUUGAAGAGAUACGCGAACAGUAUCAGUUACAUUCACGUGUAAACUUAUUAGGAAGUUUACAGCCUCAUGAAGUUCGACCUCUUUUAAUACAAGGUGAUAUCUUUUUAAAUACUUCUCUUACUGAAGCGUUUUGUAUAGCCAUUCUUGAAGCAGUCUCAUGUGGCUUAAUGGUUAUCAGUACAGCUGUUGGGGGACUUCCGGAAGUUCUACCCGAGCAUUUUAUUAGACUUGCACCAGCAAACGCUUCAGAAUUAGCCACUAUUGUUGCAGAUUCCAUUAUUCAAGUUCGGCAGCAACGCGAAGAUUCGAAACUUACAGCUCAUGAACAAAAACCUAUGGAUAAUUUGACUUCAAACAAGUUCAUACUCUGGCUUGUUAUAUCCAACGAACCUAACUGAAAUUUAAAAAUUAAAUCAGUGAGAAAAGUAAUGUUAAACAGGGAAGUCUUGUUUUAAAAGUUGUUCAAUACUUUAAAUAAAAUAAUCUUAGCUCCUUUAAAGUACUAAAAAGUUCUUUAUUGGUCCUAAGUAUGCUAAAACGAAAAAUCCAGAAGUUGGGGUUCGGUGAACCGAAAUAAUCUUUGUCGCCAAAAUAUCACAUCAAAAAUUGGCUUUUCAAGGUUCCGUUGUGUAUACAUACAUAUACAUUACACAAUAACAGCUUAGUGUGACUUGAAAGAUUUCCUAUUUUCCUUUUAAAAGUAAAAUUUAUAUCCGUUACACGAGAUAAAGGUAUCUGGACUCAUUAACUCAGUGGAAAAUGGACUAGCAUGUAUGGCGAAAGAUACUGGGUUUAAGUGUCGUUUUGGAAAUCACUGAAAUCUAGGUACUACAUCCAGCCACAAGUCUUAGAUGGUAUAAAUGCGCAUUCUAGAUUCCCUUAAUCAACACCAAUAAAAACUAAGUGCUAUAUACCUAUAUAUAAACAUCAGUCCUUUUUAAAAAUGUUAUUUACCUACUCAUUUUACAAAAGCUGGACAUAUGUACCUCACCUCCAAAUCCUCUUUGUCGAUUUUCAUUGAUCGCCGAUUCAUCUACACAUUUUGAUGGUACUGAAUUUAAUUGUAAUUCACUUACUGAUCAUUGUUGGCAUAUGCAUAAAUGGAUUCGUAGUAUGUACUGUUGGCCUCUAGUUGCUAAACGUACGGAAAAAGUCUAUUCUGCUGCUAUGUCUAAACCACCUGUUUCACUACAAGACAGAAUCUCAAGAUUAUACCAACUUGGUCCACUUACUGGGAAAAUGACAUGUUUUGCCGCUAUUUUACACUGGCUUCUUCUUCAAUUUAUUUCGUGGCUUAGACCUGAACAGAUGAUCGAUAUAAUGCCAUCACUUGAAACACCUAUAGAAGAUUUCAGUGAUAGCGAAUGUGAGGAUCUUUCUGUUGAUUCACACAAAUAAUAUUCAAAUGAUGACUACAGUUUUCAAUAUCACGUUUAUUUUGAUUGUAUUGAACUAAUAACUGUGUAAUUCUUCUGUGCAUAAUUUUUAUUUAUUCGUUAAAACGUAAUCAUUAUUCUUUUAAAGAUUUAAACUCAAAUUGUUUGUUGUUCUACUCUUAAAUUUUACAACCAGAAAAGGUUUUCAUCUGUAGUGUAAUAGCUAAGAUAAUAU